AUGGCGUUCCAUCCACCACCCUGGGUCCCCAAUCUGCCCAAUAUCCCCGACUCCAUCAGCGUCGCAGACUUCAUCAACACGGAAAAGGCAGGUCGGAAGGCCCUUGCUUCUUCGAAAAGCCCGUAUACAUGCGGUGUGACAGGCCUAUCGCGCACCGCUGCACAAGUCGCACAGCGCGUUGACUACCUCGCGCGCGGUCUGGCAAAGAAUGUCGGGUUUGACCCCUCUGAUGGCACACCCUGGGAUAGAGUCGUGGCCAUUUACGCGCUUAACACGAUUGAUUACAUUCCCGCCACACACGCAAUUCAUCGCAUGGACGGUAUUGUCACGCCCGCUAGUUCGGCGCAUUCACCGUCAGAGCUUGAGCACCAGCUACGAUCAUCUGGUGCAAAAGCCCUGUUUACUUGCGCCCCUCUUCUCAGCACUGCACUACAAGCAGCAAAAGCCGUUGGGAUCCCAGAAAAGCACAUCUUUCUCCUCCCUUUGCCUGAGACGCCCUCCGAGGAAAGCUUCAAGACAAUUGAAGAUUUAAUCUCUGAGGGACAAAGUCUACCGUCGCUGUCUCUACCGGCAUGGACACCAGGGCAGGGAAAACGACAGGUAGCUUACCUUUGCUACUCCAGCGGCACGUCUGGUUUCCCGAAAGCCGUUAUGAUCUCGCACUACAACGUCAUAGCCUGCACCCUCAUGAUUCACACAUGCGAGAGCACCACCCGUGCCCAAGACGGGAUAGACACGCAAGUCGCGCUGGGCUUGCUGCCGUUUAGCCACAUCUACGGCCUCGUGGUGAUCGCGCACAUCGCGCAGUACCGCGGCGACGAGAUUGUCGUUCUGCAGCGCUUCCAGCUCGAGCAGCUCCUGGCCGCCAUCCAGAAGUUCCGCAUCGAGCAGCUCAGCGUCGUGCCGCCCAUCAUCGUGCAUAUCUUGAGCAGCCAGGACAAAUGCAGGAAGUACGACCUCAGUAGUGUUCGGCUUGUCUUUUCGGGUGCUGCGCCGUUGGGCGGUGAGACCAUUGCUAAGCUACUUGAGCUUUAUCCCAAGUGGAGGAUAAGCCAAGGCUACGGGUUAACGGAGGCUUCGCCAUCGGUGUUUCACACAAGUGAGGCAGAUGCACUGCUUGGCUCAUCGGGCUCGCUCCUCCCAGGCGUAAAGGUCAAGAUCAUCGAUCAACACGGCAAAGAAGUGACAGAAUACGAGACACCCGGUGAAUUAUACGUCCAGGGCCCGAAUGUUGUCUUAGGUUAUCUGCAUAAUGAGAAAGCCAACGCAGAGACAUUUGUGUGGCGUGAAGAUGGCCGCUGGUUGAGAACAGGUGAUGAGGUGCUCGUGCGGAAAUCAGAGCGUGGUUUCGAGCAUUUCUUCGUCGUGGACAGAAUCAAGGAACUCAUCAAAGUCAAGGGCCAUCAAGUCGCCCCCGCAGAGCUGGAGGCCCAUCUUCUCGACCACCCAUACGUCGCCGACAGCGCAGUGAUCGGCAUCGUGGACGAGCGCGCAGGCGAGGUUCCACUGGCGUUUAUCGUCAAGAGCAACGAAGCAAAGGGCGUUUCUGAUGAGGAGGUCACAAGGGCUGUGUGCGGGCAUGUGGAGGAGCAUAAGGCGCGACAUAAAUGGCUGAAGGGAGGUGUAAGAGUCUUGGAUGUUAUUCCCAAGUCGCCGAGUGGGAAGAUCCUGAGACGUAUUUUGAAGGCAAAGGUUUUGGCGGAGAAGCCUGUUGCGAAGCUAUAG